AUGGAAUACCGGUACAGCGUUCCCGCAUAUUGCGCGCCGGAGUUCUUGAGAGCGCUCACCAACUCGAUAAUGGCUCAGAUGGGGGCCAAUCUGAGCAGGGACUCUUUGCAAGACAUCCAGACCAGAGACCUGGCGUGCGUGGUGGUCAGCAUCGUGUCCAUCGCACUGAUACUUGUUUCCAUCCACGCGGUGGCGAUGGCCAGUAGUUCCGAGAACAAGGACGUUGCGGUGGAGGGUCACUUCGGAAGCGUCCGCGGCAGCGUCACCAUCAUCGCCGGUGUGCUUGUCAGCUCGUUCCUGGGUGUGCCGUACGCCGAUCGAAACACGCUGCGCUUCGCCGCGCCCGUGCCUUGGCACAGGAAACUGUAUCAGUUCGAUGCCACCUCGCCAGCGCCUGCCUGCGCCCAGACCAACGACAAGAAAGAUGGAAUGAACGACAGCACGUCCGAAGACUGUCUGCACCUGAACGUCUGGGCGCCGACAUGUGGUGGUCGAAUCUGCCCGGGCAACCUGACCAUCGUCAUCUUCUUUCACGGUGGCUUCUUUCAGACUGGCGGCAACAACGACCCGUACCACGACGGCGGGAUUCUGGCAGCCAUGGGAGGAGUGAUGGUCGUGGUUCCCAACUGGCGUCUGGGCCUGCUGGGUUUCGUCAGCAUGGCGACCGCAGAUUCGCCGCUUAACGUGGGCUUCCUCGACCAGGUCGAGGCGUUCCAGUGGGUGAGGCGCAACGCGGGGCCAUUCGGCGGCAACGUCUCGGACAUCGUGAUCGCUGCACAGGGCUCCGGCGCGUCGGCGCUCGGCUACCACCUCUUCGCUUACGAUGGAUCGCUGCCAGGCGUACGGAAACUCCUCUUCAUGAGCGAGAGCCCGUUUACCAGGUACCCAAUGUACGGGUACAACCGUGCAGCGGACCAGAAAAGGGCGAUCCUGGCCCGACUACUGUGCGACGAAGGCGCAGAGAAGGACACGUGGCUGCAGUGUUUGCGCAGCCUGCCCGUACAGGCACUGUUCAAGACGCCACCAGGAGCUUUGCGCAGUCUUCCAACGUUCUUCCCCAUCCUUCCUAUCAUGUGGAACCCCAUCAUGUGGAAGAAGUUCACGCCAUCUGGACUGAGUGUUCUUAUUGGCUUCUCCGAUGAUGAGGCACCCGCCAUUUCGGAAAACUUCGCCAGCUAUCUGAACUUCAACCUGCAAGACAGUGAGAGAUCGGCCAGCUCUGUUCUCACGUUGCUUGGAAUCCCGCAGGAGGAGGCCGCCGAGGUCGCCCUUAAUUACUCCAAGACGCAGAGCCCUGGACAUGAGAAGUGGGCGCAGGAACUUCUGAGCGACAUCGUCGUAGUCUGCCCAGUGCGGCUGUUCGCAGAACAGCUGCAUGCCCUCGGUAAUCGCGUGCACACUUACGUGUUCCAUGGCAGCGACGUGACGAGUGUUCGAAGCGUCGGCAGGGAGGACAUCGCCCGAAUCUUCUUCGGCUACGCCAUUUCGCAGGGGUCAACCCACUAUCUCGUGCCCGUGCGCGAGAGGUAUGCGUUGCGCGGUCAUGAGGAGCGCUAG